AUGGAGCCAGACUUGUCCCACAGCAUCACCCGGCACCCGCACGUCUUCCAGCUCCACGAGCACGAGAGGUCUGGCAGUGCUCGCUCCUCGAUCAGGGCUUUCGCGCCGCCUCCGCCAACCAGCCCUCCAGUGGACAACAACACCAACAAUGCUAAGAGCACCGGUGUCGAGGCUGAGGAGGAGACUGCCGAGCAGCACCCGGUCUCGCGUCACCCAUCUCAAGCCACAGAUGUAGAAAUGCAGCCCGGGCAGCUGCGCUGGCGCGACGGCAACGACCCUUUCAAUCUGUCGUCAGCCUUCCGGACGGAUGCUCAGCUUGAGCAGAUUAGAGCCAACACCUCUCGCAAGCGCGAUGGGCACUCCGGCAACAAGACCCCUGGCGGGCACAAGACCAAGAAGGCGAACCCCAAGAAGGUUGAGGGCUUUUACCGCACACAAAAUGAGACCAUUGAGCGCCUGCUCAAAAGUGUCGACGAGCACCGGAACGAGGCGCGCCAGGAGCAGUCUGAUGACCACCUGCGGUACAAGAUCGCCGUCUAUGGCUCGUUCGCUGCCAACGUUGUCCUGUCGAUCCUGCAGCUCUACGGAGCCAUUUCUUCUGGGUCGCUGUCGCUCUUCACCACCAUGGCCGACUCGAUCUUCGACCCUGCCAGUAAUCUGAUGCUUAUCAUGGCCAAUCGCGCGGUCAAAAAGGUCGACCCGAGCCGGUUCCCGUCCGGAAAGGCGCGCCUCGAGACUGCUGGCAACAUUGCAUUCUCGUUCCUGAUGACUGCCGUUUCGCUCAUUCUCAUCUGCUUCUCGAUCCGGGAUAUUGCAACGCACGACGGAGCUUCGGAUGAGGUGAACGGUUUCCAUCUUCCAGCCGUCAUUGCAGUCGCCAUCGCGUUCACCACCAAGUUCUGCUUGUUUCUCUACUGCUGGGGUAUCAAGGACAAGUAUAGCCAGGUCGACAUCCUCUGGCAGGACCACCGCAACGAUCUGCUCAUCAACGGCUUCGGUAUCCUCACAUCAGUCGGUGGUAGCAAGCUCGUCUGGUGGAUCGACCCCAUGGGCGCCAUCAUCCUGUCUGUGCUCAUUAGCUGCAUCUGGCUCCGCACAGCGUUCCAGGAGUUCCUCUUGCUCGUGGGUGUCGUCGCCAGCGUUGAGAUGCAGCAGCUCAUCACCUACGUCUCGCUCACGCACUCGCCCGCCAUCAUGGGCAUCGACACCGUCCGCGUGUACCACUCUGGCCCGCGCCUCAUCGCCGAGGUCGACAUCGUCAUGAACCCCGACUCGUCGCUGCGUGCUACCCACGAUGUCGCCGAGGAGCUGCAGAUGAAGCUUGAGAACCUGCCAGAUAUCGAGCGUGCUUACGUCCACGUGGACUACGAGACGACUCACAAGCCUGAGCAUUUCUUCAAGAAGGACAUCUGA